GAUGGCGCUGCACAUGUAUAACGUGAGGAGAAUCCGGGGUGUCAUUCAGAAUUUAAAAGCAGCAAAACGAACAUUUGGAACCGGACCGGAACCGGAGAAACAAGAGAAACGGGUAAUGGAUUUAGAAGAAACAUUUCAUAUCGCUGGCAGUCGUGUUUUCUCCGGGAUCCAGCCUACAGGGAUUCCACACCUGGGGAAUUACCUGGGAGCUAUCAAGAGUUGGGUCACCCUUCAGGAGCAAUAUAGCUGUGUCCUGUACAGCAUCGUGGACCUGCACUCCAUCACACUACCUCAAGAUCCUGCAGCUCUGAGACAGAACAUAUUGGACAUGACAGCCAGCCUCCUCGCCUGUGGGAUUGACCCAGAGAGAUCCAUCUUGUUUCAGCAAUCUCAGGUAUCAGAACACACUGAGCUGGGCUGGAUCCUUGGCUGCUUCACAAGCAUGCCUCGCCUUAGACAUUUACCUCAAUGGAAGAUGAAGAGUGGGAAAAAAAAUGAAGGCAGUGUGGGAUUAUUGACCUACCCAGUACUGCAGUCUGCUGAUAUACUUCUAUACAAGUCCACUCAUGUGCCAGUUGGAGAAGAUCAGGUCCAGCAUUUGGAGCUGGCUCAGGACACAGCUCGCAUAUUUAACUACAAGUAUGGAGACUUCUUUCCAGUUCCUAAACCACUUUUGAGUGAAACAAGGAAGAUAAAAUCCUUGAGGGAUCCCACUGCCAAAAUGUCAAAGUCAGAUCCUCAGAAAAUGGCCUCUGUCAACAUUACUGACACUCCAGAUGAUGUCAUACUAAAAUUCCGCAAGGCAAUGACAGACUUCACUUCUGAAGUGACCUUUGACCCGGAUAGACGCCCAGGGGUCUCCAACAUGGUUGCCAUCCAUGCCGGUGUCUCAGGGGUGACUGUGGAUGAAGUGGUUCACCAAAGCAAAGGACUGGACACUGCCCAGUACAAACAAGUGGUGGCUGACGCAGUCAUACAGACAUUUUCACCAAUCCGAGAAGAGAUUGAGAGACUCCGGGCUGACCCAGGAUACCUGAAAGAGGUCUUAAGCCAGGGGGCAGAAAAGGCAAAAGAACUAGCCAUUCCUGUGUAUCAUGAUGUCCGAAGACUUAUUGGGUUUUGCUAAUUUGGACAGCAUGUACAAAAUAAACGUGAAUAUGAUGCUAUA